AUUUGUCAAGGUAUCAUCUGUUAUCUGUCAUUCAAAUGGAGUAUUAUACAGUCCCAAACAAAAAUGGUGCUCAGAUUCCACUCCAGACUGAAGUAAGAGAUAAACUCUCAAGUCUUGAUGUUGUUUGGGGAAAUAUGUUUGAAGGUGAAGAUAUUGAUCCUCAGCUCGUCUUGGAGAAAGAAGCAGAGUUCUACAGAGGAGCCCCACCACAAUGGCUGAACUUCUACUGUGCUGAGAAAGACCAUACACCUUUUGUUAAGAGGGACAUAUACACAAAAAUAACAGAGCUUAUACAAAAGAAAAGAGAAAUAAACCAUAGCUUUUCCAGCAUAAAUCUCUUUCAUCAACCGGGCAGUGGAGGUACUACACUGGCAAUGCAAGUUCUCUGGGACUUGAGGAAAAAGCUCAGAUGUGCACAAGUAAUCGAUUCGACAUCAGAUUCGAAAGCAAUUGCGCAACAAGUAAUACAUCUGUUUAAUGCGGGGGAUCCACAAAACCAGAACACAGUCCUACUAUUUGUGGACAACAAAGAGGCCGAAGAAAAUUAUGGCAUGCAAUUUAACUCCCUGCAAGAAAAUUUGAUCCAAAAUAUAAAACAAAGCAACAUCAGCGCAAACGCUCCUGUGGUCAUCAUUUUGAACUGCCUUCGAAAAAAGGCUAGACUAAUGUUGUGUACAAGUCUUUCUAAAGAAGAGCAGGACAAUUUUCAUGCCAAGAAUAUGGAGGUUUCUCAGAGACACGAAAGACACAAGGAAUUUCAUGGCUUUAACAUAAUGCAGAGGAAUUUCAGCCAAACUUACAUUACAGAGGCCUGCGAAUAUCUCAAACCUUUAAAGACAAAAAAGAGACCUCGCAGCGCUCAAAUACUGUCUUUUUUGGCUUUGAUGAACUCAUAUGCCCCAGGCUCAUACCUUACUGAGACUUGGUGCCUAGAGUUCUUGGAUAAGAAGAAUCACAUUUCUGGCCGUCCCACUUUGGAAAAACAAAUGGGGGCCUUUGCUGAUCUUCUGGUCAUAUAUUCAACAUGUUCUGGAGGGGCCAAAUCUCAGUACAGAUGUAUACGAAUGGCACAUCCAAUGAUCGCUGACAGGUGUCUAUGGUUACUAACUGAUGCUGGUGUAACCUUGAGUGAUACAGCCAUAAAUCUCCUCUCACACUUGUGCCCUCAAACAGUCCAACCCUACUUGGUGAAAAUAAUUAAACAGCUGCUAAAAAAGCGUGAGACACAUGUGCCAGAAGGUGAGAGAGAAGAAAAACUUCAAAAAUUCUCCAACCUUAUCCAAGACAUUAAGGAGAAAGAAAACAAAUCAAUGUGUGUGGGACUGUUCAGACAUGCGGCUAUGACGUUUCCACAUGAUCCAUUUAUUCCACAAGCUCUUGCACGGUUUUACUACAUUGAACUAAGAGAUUAUGAACAAGCUGCAUCAUGGGCGAAAACUGCUAUUCGGAGGGAACCAAAUAAUUCUUUUAUCAGAGACACACUUGGCCAAGUCUACAAAAACCAACUGAAGAACCCAAAUCUUUCAAAAUGUUCUAAAACCAUUUUACAGAUUGGAAAGCAAGCAUUUAAAGCUUUUGAAGAAGAAGCAGAGACCGCAGAAAAAGAACUAGAACCAGGGACGCAGGAGAAUGGUGUGACUAACAUCUCUACUGUUUUUAAUUACAGAGGGCUUUUUGGCUACAUACAGGUAGCAAACACUAUUUUCGACAAGCUAAAUAAAGUUAACCCAAAAUGGUCCAAAGUGCUCAGACAAGAAACAAAGUCUCACAGUUUAAUCCACUCUGAAGAGAGUACAGAUCACCAAUCUCUCCUUACAAGUUUAAGGCAAAGAAUUGAAGAUAAAUUGAGUUUUUUUGAGACCUUUCUAAAACACUCAAAGCUGAAGAUUGAUAAAAGGGAACCAGUGUACAUUUGGAGAGACAUUGAGGACUGCUAUAAAAAUUACAUUAGAAAAGAAGAUGAAGACUUAAGCAGAUCCUUUGAAGGUCUUCUCUCCACUUUAAGCCAUAUCACCAUAUCAUCAAGUGUUUCUGAACUGGAGAAAAUCACAGAACAAUUGAGAGAGAUUCAUAUGAAUUCUCAAACUGAGAGUGAUGCUCAAAACUACAUUCUUGCCAACCCCAUCUUGAGUCAGAAGUCUGCAAACUCUGAAAUACUCCAGGAGCUCCAGGACAUAUUACAGAAACUUUGGGAGAGACAGGACAGAAACAGAAGCCCAGAGUUUUACCUCUUGGUCCUUUUGCUGUUUUGGACUGAUGGUGAAAAGAAAACAGGCAACACACCAGACCUGAAAGUUUGUGUCCAAUACAUGCGUCAGUCAUAUGAGAGAACCUAUCAGAAAUACCUUCGCUUUCGCUACCUUGUUCCUCUCUUCUUCCUUGGGAACGGUGGAGGUUUGCAGAGACUAGUUCACCAGACCAAAGACACCAAUCUCCUCAUUGAAGAGCAAGAGACUGCUGAAGGUCUUCAGCGUAUUGAAGGAGAGAUCAGAAAUCAUAAGGUGUUUGCUUUGAGAGGUAAAGACCAAAUUGAAGUUUCACCUCACAAUCCAGUCAGUGUGUACAAUACAGACCUGGUCUCCUUCUACCUUGGCUUUACCAUCAGAGGACCUGUUGCCUACAACAUCAGAUAUGUUAAGAAAUCUGCUCAGUUUGUGGACAAACACAAGAAGAAUAUCAUUCAGCGUGCUGAGAAGGUGGAUUUUAUCAUAGAUGACCUUCGUCCACUGAUUGGCACUGAGCAAUACUCAACCAUCAUAGCAGCUUCAACAAACAAUGAGAAAAUGGAAAAACUAUACUCCAUUCUGUCAGCAGGAUAUGAAAUAAAGGACAAAUUUUUCCAGAGCCUUUUAAAGAAUGAGCGAGACCUUAUUAAAGCUUUGAUUAACUCUGGGAAGAGUUCCAGUCAGUUGUACAGUGUGUUGUAAUGUACAAAUAGAUACACUUCAACAAAUGCUGCGCUGUGCUCAAGAAAUAUUUGAAAUGUAUUCUAAAUACUUAACUUUUUUUGUCCUAACAGACUUUAAUAUCACAAACACCAGUAUAUUCUUUGUCUGGCAUGGACUGAAAAUACUUUGAAAGUUUAACACUCAAAGUUAUAAUCACAGGUUUCAGGUAUAGUGCGUGGGUUAAUGGAACUCUUUAAUAUUUUUAUAAUACUCUUUUUUAUGAUUUGUUAAGUACUUUGGUUUCUAAUUAUAUUUAGCAGCAGUAAAACAUUUUUUAACAAUGUUUAGAAAUUGUAAAAA